AAUUACCAUAUCAACUCUAGAUAGAUUUUGAAGAAAAAAACCUUUCCCAUUACCAUUUUUUCCCUCCCACCCAUUGUGACCAAUUUUUCUCCUCCACCCUUUUUUCCCACCCUUUUCACCCUUUUUUCCCUUCCAUCAUUGUGGAUGGUCUAAUCAUGUAGUCAUUUGAAUAGCUGAUUUAGCUGAUUAUACUAUUGUGUGCUUAGAGCAAGGUUGUCAAAUCGGCUUAUAUUGUUAUGUUGGUUUAGCAAGUGAUAUGAUCAAAUCGGUGUGUAGCCCGACAUAUGUCGGUUUUAUCAAAAUAUGCAGGAAAACUGAGAAACUAGUAACAGCAUGUCGAAACAUUGUUUCACAAUUACGCUCGAUUUGGUGAACUUACUAUAUCAUCAAUUUAUCUGCCAUACACAAUAGUUCAUUGUUAUUAAAUUAUGACUAUAGUGAUUUAUCGAGAAAAAAUAUCAGCGUAGUGUUACUGCAGUGAUUGCCCUGAAACUAAACUUUCGAAAUUCAAAUAAUAUUAUUGUUUGUGAUUAUGUCAAUUUUCUUAUGGGGAUGUGAAUAUGAUUUGCUUAUUAUCCAAACACAAUAUGCGUGGGAUGUGAUGUUGUACACUAGGCGUGGGUCAUGACUCGUGAAUGAUAUUAAGUAUCAACCCUUUUUUCCUCAUCUGCAAGUUUGCAUACUUGGCCUCCACGAAAAAGAUGCUCCGAUCCUCCACUUAGUACUUGCCCCAUUUUGUCUGCUUCUGAAGCAUAUUCCAAUUGGAAAGUCAAGGGCAUAACUGGAAACCCACUGUCAUAGCGCGAACCAUCUGGGCGUGGGUAGACUCGAUCACGUUCUCCUUUUUUUCCUUUAUAAACUCCACCAGUCAUUGGCCUUGUAACGUUUUACCCAUCCAUCAAGCUUCCUGCUCCGUUCAAUCUCUCUCUGAUCUAGCUCUCGUUUCCAUCGAAAAUGGCCAGAAAGUUCUUCGUCGGCGGCAACUGGAAAUGCAAUGGCACAACCGAGGAGGUUAAGAAGAUCGUCAAUGUUCUGAAUCAAGCUGAGAUUCCCUCUGAGGAUGUCGUCGAAGUUGUUGUCAGCCCUCCAUACGUGUUCCUUCCGGUGGCCAAAAGUUUGCUAAGGUCCGACAUCAAGGUUGCUGCCCAGAAUUGCUGGGUUCGCAAGGGUGGAGCUUUCACUGGAGAGAUUAGUGCUGAGAUGCUAGUGAAUUUGGACAUUCCUUGGGUCGUUCUUGGUCACUCUGAGAGACGAGCUCUGCUGAAUGAGUCGAAUGAGUUUGUUGGAGACAAAGUUGAAUAUGCACUUUCUCAAGGGUUGAAAGUGAUUGCUUGUAUAGGCGAGACACUUGAGCAGAGGGAGUCAGGAUCAACUAUGGCUGUUGUUGCUGCUCAAACCAAGGCAAUUGCAGAUAAGAUAAAAAGUUGGGACAACGUUGUCUUGGCUUAUGAGCCAGUAUGGGCCAUCGGGACAGGAAAGGUUGCAUCACCUGCUCAGGCUCAAGAAGUCCAUGCGGAACUGAGGAAGUGGCUUGCUGAAAAUGUCAGUGCUGAAGUAGCUCAAACAACUAGAAUUAUCUAUGGAGGCUCUGUGAACGGAGGAAACUGCAAAGAGUUGGCAGGGCAAGCAGAUGUUGAUGGAUUUUUGGUUGGUGGAGCUUCUCUCAAGCCUGAGUUCAUCGACAUCAUCAAGUCUGCCACGGUUAAGAAGAGCGCUUGAGGUUUGGAUUGGAAGCUGGAACUUUUUGUCAAUUAAGGGCAGGCUGAUGACUUCACUCGUUUGUUGUUGAAGUAGACUAAAAUAAAAUAAUGGCUUAUGAAUUAGUCCGUCUUUUUUUUUUGGACUGCGCCUAUGGUAUGCUGCAGCUGAAUUCUAGGGUACGGAGUUUUCCAUUUUAACGGGCGUGCUGAUUGUUGAAUACUUGAGUUUUUGAGAUGCAACGGAGGUAUAAAUGGUGUACUGUUUUAUUUAGUAGUCUGCUAUAAGCAUGAAUGAUCCCGUGUCGCUUCUCGACAAUGGUUUUCCCGUCUUCCCGUGGUAUGCUGUUUAAGAUUGUGAUAAGGAGCUGCCUAGAGUUGAGGACCUUAUCUUCUAUAAGGGCCAUAUUGCAGAUAAGAUAAACUUUCGACUAAGUAUUUAAUUUCAUUAAUAAUAACUAUAAUUAGUUAAAUGUUUCAGAUUUGGUCAUUCGUCCAAUUUCGUUAAUAUUUGAUUAUGUGGCAGGCAGUCAACUUUUAUAGCUGACUGUUAAACUUGUGACACGUCAAUUAAAAAAUAAAAAUUUAUUUUCUUAAAAUUUUCACCUCAUUUCUACUAUUAAAAAGAUAAAAGUAAAAAUAUUUUUUUUAUUAUUAAAAAACCUAGUCGUUCGCCCCUGCAUUUUCCCACCGCUGCCUCUCAAUCUCUCUUCUCGGUCCCCUGGCUGAUAAAGACUGAACGAGCUCCCUCCGAUUAACCUCUCUCCUCUCUGCUCGCAGUCGUCGCUCACUCUUUCGCGGGCAAGAUCGCCUGCGACUCUUCCAAAUUCGUAGCCGUCGCCACUCACUCAUUCACGCACAAAAUCUCAAUCGCUACUCACUCCUUUGCCCCGAGAUCACUCCGUCGCUCACUCCUUGCGUCGACGAGCUUACGAUUGCAGGAGAAGGAAGGGAAAUCAUGAGGAGCGAAGGCGACGAGAGCGGCUGAAGCGGUGGCGGUGGCAGAGCGUCUAAAGUGGUGGCAUCGAGUUAGAACCAUUGGGUACUUGGGUUCACUGUUGGGUAUAUGAAAUCCCCACAGUUUAAUAGCAGUAGCAGAUCGACGCGCAUGGUUUCAGCUGCCGCGAACUUUGUCAAUUGUGCUAGACACCAAGAUCUAGGUUUUAAUUGCCUCUUCGUCGUUACAAUCAAACAAAGCAUUGGCGGAAGCUUGACGCGGCGGGAUGCUUGAGCGAGGAAAUCAUCCAACCUCCUCAAAAUGCUAAACCAAAAGCACUCCUAUCUCUUGCUCACCCUUCUGUACUAGCGCUGAUGUGAGGCGGUGCGGCGGUUGGCAUGCAGAGCAACGAGAAGGCUGGAUAUGGAAGCAUAGCUCAGCAAAGAGUGGUUGCGAUGGUGGUGUGCGGGUGGUGCGACGGCGACGAGGGGCUGGAGCAGAGCUGGUCGCGGAAUUACGGCGACGACGAGGGGCUCCGAAUGGGAGUACCUAUAAUCCAUUAUCAGACGUUAAUUAGAGGCCCUCCGGGUCAUUCUUCUCACUUCAAUUAGAUAUUAUUAUUACUUUUUAUUUUUUUUUUAUUUUAAUUUAUUGUAAAAAUGAUGUGGAAAUUAUAUAAAACUAAUUUUUAUUAUUUUUAAACCGCUACGUCACUUAUUUAACGAUCAACUAUGAGGGUUGACUGCCACAUCAGACAAAGUUAACGGAAUUGGACGGAGGGUGACCAAAUUUGAACUGUGGAAUAUUUGUAGUGACCAAAUAUGAACCUUUUUAGUAAACUCAGUGACCAAACUUGCAAUUUACCCUAUAAAGCUAUCCCAUCUAAAGAAGGAUUUGGUGAAAUUUUACACCCAAAACAUAUACAAGUUUUUGUGCAAGAGAAACAAAGCAAGUUGCAGGAAAUAUUGGAAAUCCAACUAUAGAUUUCACGAAGGAAGCUGAUCCUUCUCCUAAUGCACUAAGGAAUAAGGAUUCCCAAUGCGG